CAGAACACCAUGACACCAUGAUACUAACGAUUUCCUGCGUCCGACAGGCGACUUCGCUACCAUGGCCAAGUACAAGCCCCAAGAUGCCACCACCAACCCCUCCCUGAUUCUCGCCGCCACCAAGAAGCCCGAGUACGGCGCUCUCCUCGACGCCGCCAUCGCUGAGGCCAAGAAGGGCCCCGGCUCCCCUGAGGAGAAGGUCGAUGCCGCUCUCGACUACCUCCUUGUCCAGUUCGGCAAGAAGAUUCUCGAGAUCGUCCCCGGCAAGGUCUCCACUGAGGUCGAUGCCGCCCUCUCUUUCGACACCAAGGCUUCCGUCGACAAGGCUCUUCACAUCAUCAAGCUCUACGAGGCCGAGGGCAUCUCCAAGGACCGCGUCCUGAUCAAGAUCGCCUCCACCUGGGAGGGCAUCAAGGCCGCCGAGAUUCUCCAGCGCGACCACGGCAUCAACUGCAACCUCACUCUCAUGUUCUCCCUUACCCAGGCCAUCACCGCCGCCGAGGCCGGUGCCUUCCUCAUCUCCCCCUUCGUCGGCCGUAUCCUUGACUGGUUCAAGGCGCACACCGGCAAGGACUACUCCAAGGAGGAGGACCCCGGUGUGGCUUCCGUCAAGUCCAUCUACAACUACUACAAGAAGUUCGACUACAAGACCAUUGUCAUGGGUGCCUCUUUCCGCAACAUUGGCGAGAUCACUGAGCUCGCUGGCUGCGACUACCUUACCAUCUCUCCCAACCUCCUCGAGGAGCUCCUCAACUCCGAUGCUCCCGUCCCCCAGAAGCUCAACGCCGCCGACGCCCACAGCCUCUCGCUCGAGAAGAAGACCUACAUCAACAACGAGCCCACCUUCCGCUUCGACUUCAACGAGGACCAGAUGGCCGUCGAGAAGCUCCGCGAGGGUAUCUCCAAGUUCGCUGCUGAUGCCGUCACCCUCAAGGACAUCAUCAAGCAGAAGCUUGCUGAGUAAGCGUGCGGUGGUGGUAAUGGUUAUAUAAUUUAGAAUGAACAAAAAUGGAUGAUGAUGAAUUUUAUGGCAAUUCCUUGUCUUCCUGUUUGCGUGCGUGUGUAUUGAGUGUUUUCGGUGUAGAUAUUUCGGCAACUACGUUAGAUGAAGGUUAGGUUUCCUUGUGCAGUACUUGGUG